UGAAAGAGAGACAAAACCUUGCUCGAUACGCCACCCUCAUCGUCUUCUUCCCACAUCUUUAUCCUCUUUCUCCAAAGAUCAUUUCUCUUACAAAAAAAAGUUCUUUUCUUUUUAUAACAACUCCUCUCGUUCCUGUGAUCCUUAAAGUUGUCUCCUUUUUUUUAAUCCAAAGACCAUGUCUUCCACUUCUUUCACCGACCUCCUUGCUUCCUCCGGCGUUGACUCUUACGAACAAGACGAAGACUUUCUUGGUGGGUUUUACCCGGAGAGUACCGGGUCGGGUUUACCUAAGUUCAAGACGUCUCAGCCGUCUCCUCUUCCGAUCUCACAACCUUCUCGCAACUUCGCUUUCUCCGAGUUGCUUGACUCUCCUCUCCUCCUCAGCUCCUCUCAUAGUUUGAUAUCUCCAACGACAGGAGCGUUUCCGUUUCAAUCAGAUUUUCCCUGGCAGAUACAAUCGCAACCGCAACCGCCAAACGCUGUUUCUGCUUUGCAAGAGACAUAUGUUGUUCAAGAUCUCCAGAAGAAGCCGGUUCCUAAGGUGCCAUCAUACAUGGUGAGUAGGAACUCUAAUGAUGGUUAUGGUUGGAGAAAAUACGGUCAGAAGCAAGUGAAGAAGAGUGAGAACCCUAGGAGUUACUUCAAGUGCACGUAUCCAAACUGUGUUUCCAAGAAGAUUGUUGAGACUGCUUCUGAUGGACAGAUCACUGAGAUCAUCUAUAAAGGUGGUCAUAACCAUCCUAAGCCUGAGUUCACCAAGAGACCCUCAUCAGGUUCAGGAGCAUCAUCAUCGGCGGCUAAUGCGAGAAGAAUGUUUAAUCCUUCUUCUGUUGUUAGUGAAACACAUGAUCAGUCAGAGAACUCGUCGAUUUCGUUUGAUUAUGGGGACGUUGAUGAAGAGAAGGAACAGCCUGAGAUUAAGAGAUUGAAAAGAGAAGGUGAAGAUGAAGGGAUGUCUGUACAAGUAAGCAGAGGAGUGAAGGAACCAAGAGUUGUUGUUCAAACAAUAAGUGAAAUUGAUGUUCUUAUUGAUGGCUUUAGAUGGAGGAAGUAUGGUCAAAAAGUUGUCAAGGGGAAUACUAACCCAAGGAGCUACUACAAGUGCACAUACCCAGGUUGUGGAGUGAGGAAGCAAGUGGAAAGAUCAGCAGAAGACGAGAGAGCAGUUCUCACUACCUAUGAAGGAAGACACAAUCAUGAUGUCCCAACCUCGCUACGUCGCUCAUGAAAACAGAACAUUCUUGGGGCUUAAGUUACUAGUAAUAUCAUUUAGGGUUUGGAAAAAGAAUCUUACUAUGGCUAUCUUUUGGGCUCAUUACAGUUUGUUUAUUUGUUUGUAACACAGUCAGUGCUUUGUGUUGUACAGAGUGGUGAUUUGUAGUUUUUAUUUUUUAUAUCUUCUUGGCCUUGGACAACCUCACUAUACAUGUGUGUGACUUUCAACACUUGAGAGUCCAUUUUAGUUUCUUGUGUUUAGCCUUUUUCUUGAUUUGUGUAUAUUUCACAUUCAAGAUUGAUUAUAAACAAUAGUGGUAUUUGAUCAUUUGCCUGUUAUCUUAAGAGUGUAUUGUUUACACCUUUU